AUGCGGCCGGGGAGCGCGCUGUUCGCCCUGCUCGGCAGCCUGCUGCUGCUGCGCCUGCUCUGGGGCUCGACCACCGCACCCGCUCGCCGCAGGCUCUUGGUGGAGGAAAGCAGAGAGGCCACCCAAGGUAUCCCUGUAGCACUGAGGACGCUCAGGAGCCCGGGGACCCCGCCGCCUCGCGCCACAUCGAACAGCACCUACCUGAGUAAGUUGCUCCAGCUGACGGAGAGGUGCACGAAUCUGCAAGAUGGCUUCCAGACGCUCUUCAACAAGAUGAAAAGGUAUUCAGAGGAUGACUAUCUUCAGAUUAUCACAAAUAUACAGAGCUGUCCAUGGAAACGACAAGUAGAAGAAUAUAAGGAUUUUAGAGCAAAACUUGCUUCCUGUUGUGACGCUGUGCAAAACUUCAUUGUUUCUCAAAAUAACACUCCAGUCGGGACUAACAUGAGUUACGACGCGGAAAGUAAAAACACAAUCCUAAUUAGAAAGAACAUUUUUAAUAUGUUUCCAGUGUCGCAGCCUUUUGUGGAGCGCCCUUACAAUCAGUGUGCAGUGGUUGGAAAUGGGGGGAUUCUGAAUAAGUCUCUCUGCGGAGCUGAAAUAGAUAAAUCUGACUUCGUUUUUAGAUGUAACCUUCCCCCAACAACAGGAAAUGUUAGUAAAGAUGUUGGCAGUAAAACCAACCUUGUGACCAUAAAUCCCAGUAUCAUAAGUCUAAGAUAUGGGGACUUAAAGGAAAAUAAAGCAGUAUUUCUAGAGGACCUUGAAGCCUAUGGAGAUGCAUUUCUUCUACUGCCAGCAUUUUCCUUCAGGGCCAACACCUUUGCCUCUUUUAAAGUGUACAGCACACUGGAAGAAUCUAAGGCAAGACAAAAGGUUAUAUACUUCCAUCCCAAGUACCUGAGGAAUCUUGCCCUCUUCUGGAGAACUAAAGGCGUGAUAGAGUACCGCCUGUCCUCUGGCUUGAUGAUCGCAAGUGUGGCCAUUGAGCUGUGUGAGAACGUGAGACUGUAUGGAUUUUGGCCCUUCUCUAAAACUGUGCAGGACACGCCUGUCAGCCAUCACUACUAUGACAACAGCUUACCUAAACGUGGUUUCCAUGAUAUGCCCAAGGAAUACAGACAAAUUCUGCAACUUCACAUGAAAGGAAUCCUCAAAUUACAAUUUAGCAAAUGUGAAAUAGCCUAA